UGGUAGAACAAACUUUUAGCACGUCAGGCUAAUGCAAAUUAUGCUUGGGGGACAUACUACACACUAGAGAGGAGUUCGAAGCAAAGCAAAGUUUGGCUGUAAGUGCGUGAGCUUGGGAUAAACCAUCUGCCGGGUUUAAGAACCUGAAUCAGUUCGACAUCAGCCAGGCGGCGGGUGUGUAUCUGUGCUAUAGGUGUGUAGUGUCUGUUCUGCGCCCGCUCAUCUGCCGAGCAAGUUUCCAGUUUAUAGUUGGCCGCACGACAGUCAACUGGCAUUGUGACGCGAAGAGCGACAGGCAACGAUCGUGAAAAGUUGGCAAAGAAAGUGUUCGCGCUAAAGAUUGGGGUCAGUGUAUAAUAUUAUUGCGCAUUUCAGGCCGCAUCUGGCCAAAUAUUAAACACAAUAAAAUUUCGUUUUCUGUGGAACUCAAACAAGACUAAUUGAGAGUCUACAACAACAGAAACUAGACAAAGCAAAGCUCUCCGUUUCGGUUCUCCCCAGCACUUAUCAGGCUCCAAAAAUAUUCAAAGUCAACCCAAAGUUGAUAAGAGGCCCCUCAGUAGACGGACCACAGCAUUUAGCCCAUAGCCGAGCUACAGAAUGGAGCAUCUGCGGCUCUUGCUGAUCGCCCUCUCGCUGACCCUGGCCCAUUCGGCCUACAACAGCCAACAGUCCAGUGGACGGCCCCCACGCCAACCGAGUCCAGUGCGCACUGUGGAGUCGCUUGUACAAUGGCAGCAGCUGGAGUACGGCUUCCCCACUGCCCAGGAUCGCCAGAACGCGCAGACAGCUGGGAAUCUGGUGCCGGAGAACGGAACGCCCAUCGAUGUGCAGGCGCAGCAUUUGGCCAAUGGCAUGGUGCGGGUGUUCACAACGAUUCCCAGAUUCGCCACCGGCAUUCCCUACACACUGGCCACCGUCUCCGAGCAGGUGGGACGGAAUGGACCGCUGCUGCAGCCCUAUCCCAGCUACUCCUGGCACAACGGCCACGGCGAGAACUGUGACCUGAUUACCUCCGCCUUCCGAGUGGCUGUCACUGAGUGCAAUCAGAUGUGGGUGAUCGACUCGGGCGUGAUUGGAAGCGAGCAGCUGUGCCCACCGCAGCUGCUGCAGUUCGACCUGAACACCGAUCGCCUGCUGCAUCGCUACCGAUUCCCCAACGACACCUACAUUCACAGGGCCUCGCUCUUCAUCACGCCGAGUGUCCUGGUGCAGGAUCCGCCGCCACGCGGCACCUGCAGCCGCACCAUGAUCUACAUUGCAGAUGUCAACUACCACGGACUGGUCGUGUACGACCAACAGACGGAUACUUCCUGGCGUGCAGAGAACCGCUUCAUGUACCCCGAUCCGGACUACGGCCACCACACGAUUGCCGGCGAGAGCUUCGACCUGAUGGAUGGUGUGUUCGCGCUGAACAAUGACAAGCGCAAUCUCUACUUCCAUCCGCUGGCCAGCGUUGGGGAGUACGCCGUGCCCCUGAGUGUGCUCAACCGAAGGGAGAACUGGGAGAACGGAGUGGAGGCCAUGGCCGAUAAGUUCAAGCUGCUGGGCAGGCGCAAGAGCGAGUGCGCCGCCUCGGCCAUCGACAGCAUGAACAAUCUCUACUGCGUCACCUUCAAUCCCAUCAAACUGUUUGUGUGGAGCGUCAACACCCCCUACGGCACCAAGAACUUUGGCGCCCUGCCAGCCAAGUCUGAGGAUCUGCAGUUCGUCAGCGGCAUGAAGGUGGUUCGCAAUCCGGCGGGCUACGAGGAGCUCUGGCUGCUCUCCAAUCGCUUCCAGAAAAUAUCUGCGGGAACCCUCAACUCCAACGAAGUGAACUUCCGCAUUUUGCGACGCAGACUGGAUGACGUCCAGGGCGGCGUGUUCUUUGCCAACGACGAUGAGCUCUCCAACCGAUUGGUGUUUAAACCAUAAGCGGCAUAUGCGUGGCUAAUAUAGUCCACUAUACAUACAUACAUAUAUUAUUUAAUACGUGCCUUGGUUGCGUCGAAAUAACUAUAAUUAGAACCAAGUGAACCAGAAAUUAAGAAGAAACACUUUUCGGAUUAAAAUCGAAAAUGCGACGGGUUGCAUAGAGAAAGAUUCGAA